GCGGAUUGUCACAUCUAGGCGGCGACACAGAGUCCCUUUUCUCUAAAAACAACAACAUUUCACCUUUCUUUCUUUUAGUCAAAAUGCUUGAGCACGUUUGAGUGACCAUGGAGUGCGUUUGCCGUCAGGUAGUUGAGAGUUAAUACGGCGAGAAUAUUGGGAGAAGGAAACUUUUCAAGGAAUCCAAGGAGCUACAGUUGGAAACAUGGCUGUUCGCGAAGAAGGAGAGGUUUUGCACAGUAAAAUCAGGCACCACGAUGGGGUUGCCAAUGCAAACAGCACAGAGAGCUUCAGGAACGGCUAUGUGAAGAGCUGCGUCACCCCUUUAAAACAAGUCCAUCAAAGGGGAUUUUUGUUUAACGUCUGUAGGUUUUGCAUUGAGGACAUUCUGAAUUCAAAAAUAUUUAGAAUUUCUGGCCUAUACCUGGGUGCAUUCGCAAUUUUUGCAGUUUCGUUGCUUAUUUCCAGGAGCUUGCAAAGUGACUUCAGCUUUUGGGAUUUGCGGACUUUUCUGUCGGGCUUCUCUCAGUCCAUCAGCCCUCUCUUUAGCAUAGGCUGUGCAUUCUUCUUUUUGACCUUUUAUUUAAGGAGGAAAAAGAGGGAAAGUAAUAAAUGUUGGCUUGUGUCACUGCCAGCAUCAUGUUACUUAGGGGAUUUUUUUGUUUUGCGGUUUUUGCAGUGGGGAGAGGACCAACACCAGAUGCAAAUGAUUGGCAGGUUGUUAUUCGUGUUGGGGUGUGUGGGUCUCCUAACACUGAUCCCCACUUUGAAACUCAAACACAGUGUUCUGAUCCUGGUGUUUGCCAGUGUUGUGUGGUUGGUGUCUUUCACCAGUCUGAGCUGUCUGCCUGCACUCCUGAGACCCGUGUUUGCGUGUUUGGCGGGUGUCUCAGGCUCGCUCUUGUCUCUCUGUUUUGACCAUUAUUACCCGUCGAGGGAAACGCCGAAUAGGAUCUCCAGCAACGAGGAGAAAGUCCCUGUGAUCAGACCCAGGAGAAGGUCCAGUUGUGUUUCUUUGGGGGAAACGUCGACCAGCUAUUAUGGCAGCUGUAAAAUGCCUCGCAGACCUUCAUUACCGUGCAUAUCCAGAGAGCAGAUGAUCCUAUGGGACUGGGACCUGAAGCAGUGGUACAAGCCCCAGUAUCAGGGAGCGGUAAGUGGUAACGGAGUGGACCUGUCGGUCAUCAACGAGGCCAGGAACAUGGUGUCUGACCUGCUGAUGGACUUGUCCCUGUCGCCACACACCGUCUCGUCCCUGCGCAGUGUCAGCAGCCUCAUGGGGACCUUCUCUGGCUCCUGUCGGCCCAGGGUCAACCCCUUCACCCCCUUCCCAGGUUUCUACCCCUGUACCGAGGUGGAGGACCCUGCAGAGAGGGGCGACAGGAAGCCCCUGAAGGGUCUUAGCAGCAGGAACAGCCUACCAACCCCCCAACUCCGCCGCGGCUCCACCUCCUCCCCUCUCCCCCCUCUGGAGUCGGCCUCCUCCCGCUGGGAACGCAACAACGGCAAGAGACCGGGACCCCACCCUGACCUCAAUAUGACCAGCACGGGUUCUCUGUCCAAUGGGCCCAAUGCUAACCUGCUGACCAUCCCUAAGCAGAGGUCCUCCUCUGUGACCCUGACCUACCAUGCCGGGCCCAGGAGAGCAGGUGCGUCCCCCAGUCUGAGUCCUGUCAGCUCCCCCAGCCACAGUCCUCAAGGGGGAGGUCUCUCCUCCCAGGUCACGCGCCCCCCGGUGGAGUUCCCCGACACAGCUGACUUCCUCACCAAGCCCAGCGUCAACCUGCACAAGCCCCUGGGCUACAUCCUCAGCUCCGCUGACUUCCAAGGGCCUUACCGCAGCCCCGCGGCAAUGUGCACCAGCUGUGGUCGUCAGAUGCUGAAGAACAUGCCCAGUAUGGAGGCGGGGGAGGGACACCUGCCAUUCACUGGUCAUGCUGAGGCCCAGCGCAGACGCUCAGCAGGUGAGGGGUCAGAGUUCAUGGGGGAGGCACUGAUCAGGGAGGAGAGUGUGGAGGCCGAGUCGAUGGGGGACAGGAAUCCAGACGCAAGGAGCCGGGGCCAGACAGACGAGGAGGAGCAGAGCGCCACCACAGAGCAGCAGACUCAGGAAACAGAGGGUGAGUUCAGACUAGACCCCCUGCUGGAGAACCACGAUGACCUCAUGGAGAAGAUCAACAGCUGGAACUUCCAGAUCUUUGACCUGAUGGACAGAACAGGAGGGAAGACAGGAAGAAUACUCAGCUACGUCAGUACAACCACAUACCAACCAUAUAGCAACCAUCAUCUAUCUGUCAUACGCCAUGAUCUGUUACAUCAGGUGACCUACACUCUGUUCCAGGACACUUGUCUGUUUGAAAUGUUUAAGAUCCCUGUGAGGGAGUUCAUGUCCUAUUUCUGUGCUCUGGAGAACGGCUAUAGGGACAUUCCCUAUCAUAACCGGGUCCAUGCCACUGACGUGCUCCAUGCUGUCUGGUACCUGACUACCCGGCCUGUCCCAGGAUUCCAGCAGAUCCACAAUGAGCAUGUGACAGGAAGUGACACAGAUUCAGACAGUGGGAUCUCCCCGGGCCGGGUAUCAUACGCCUCCUCCAAGAGCUCGUCCAUCUCUGACGACAACUACGGCUGCCUGGCGUGGAACAUCCCUGCUCUGGAACUCAUGGCACUAUAUGUAGCAGCUGCCAUGCAUGACUAUGACCACCCCGGUCGCACAAACGCCUUCCUCGUAGCCACUAACGCAGCUCAGGCGGUGUUGUAUAAUGACCGUUCGGUCCUGGAGAACCACCACGCUGCUUCAGCCUGGAGCCUCUACCUGUCCCGGCCAGAGUUCAACUUCCUGGCCAACCUGGACCACGUGGAGUUCAAACGUUUUCGCUUCCUGGUCAUCGAGGCCAUCCUCGCCACAGACCUGAAGAAGCACUUUGACUUCCUCGCCGAGUUCAAUUCAAAGGUGAAUGAUGUGAACAGUCCAGGAAUCGACUGGACUAAUGAGAAUGACCGGCUGCUGGUGUGCCAAGUCUGCAUUAAGCUGGCAGACAUCAACGGGCCAGCCAAAGGACGCGAUCUGCACCUCAAGUGGACAGAAGGCAUUGUCAAUGAGUUUUAUGAGCAGGGGGAUGAGGAAGCCACUUUGGGAUUACCCAUGAGCCCUUUCAUGGACCGCUCCUCUCCCCAGCUGGCCAAGCUGCAGGAGUCCUUCAUCACACACAUCGUGGGGCCGCUCUGCAACUCGUACGACGCCGCUGGCCUGCUCCCUGGCUACUGGAUCGACGAGGAGCGCUCUGAGGAUGAGGAUGAGGAAGAGCAGGUGGAGGACACAGAGACUGACGAAGACGAGCUGGAGGAGGAGCUCGAACCAAAAAGGAGAAACGGCCGGCGUCAGCUGUUCUGCAACAUCAUGCAGCACCUGACAGAGAACCACAAGGUGUGGAAGAAGACCAUCGAGGAGGAGGAGAAGAGCAAGGAGAAGCAGCAGGCCGACAGCCUGCCUCUCAGCCUGUCCCCUUCGCCCUCCGACGACCAGAUCCAGGUCAUUCAGGAGGAGGAGGAAGGAGAGGAGCGCCAGUAGCAUGAUGAAGAAGAGGAGGGACAGAGCCAGGAUGCUCGGCAAGGGCGGAACAGUGAAGGCGAAAGUCCUUCAACUCCUCCCUCUUACACGCUCACACAAAAAUAUUUAUACACAACACAUAGGUGCACACACGUACUAUAGACAUAUACACAAACACAUACACACACAGGAUGACCCUGCUGGAUCUCCACACGUUGAAAUUGUCACUGUGCCGACACGCUAAUGCAGUCAUGUUGUUUUGAAAAAAGGCCUUACUACUGUGAGGGGAUUCUUGCUGCAAUGGUGGGAACCCCACUCCUAUGCACUUUCACCCCAUGGAGAGUAGACCAAGAACAAACACCAGAGCUGAGGACACUGGUGUGGAGAGGAAGAGAGAAAAAGGGUCUGGAUGUGCCCCCCAUGGUGAUCUGGCUGUAAUGCUGCCUUGAACGCAGAGCACUUAACUCUCCCUUCGGUACUAAAACAAAUCCUAUGAUUUCAAAUAAAGGAAAAUAAAAAACACCUUGACGUGGUUGACAUCCGUUACCAAAGCGAACAGUUCAAACGUGGAAACAAGAGACUGAGACUGUUUCAGGCUCACUGUCAGGAAUAUUCUAGAUUUAUAUAUCAAAUGUGCCUGUCUGAACCUUUACUGAGUCCCCUGGUCCAGACCCUAGGUUGGUCUGUGCAGUCCUCUCCCCUUGCUGGAGACACCAAACACUGUAUCACUGACUCAGUCACAGAGACGUUGUGGAGAUGUUGACUGAAAAUGAGCAUUAUACCUGCAUCGUUUUUGAUGCCUUUUAUUCAUGUGUACCACCUGCCUUUUAUGUUUCCUUCUUUUUUUUAUUGGUUUAAUUUAGUUGGCGUGAGCGUGUGUAUGUGUGUGUGUUUUCUUCAGGAACGCUUGGUCGCAAGUCAUUGAAAUGUUGUCGGAGAUGAGAUGUUCUCUGUUGUUCCAAUGGAGUGCUGUUCCAAUGGAGUGCUGUUCCAAUGGAGUGCUGUUCCAAUGGAGUGCUGUUCCAAUGGAGUGCUGUUCCAAUGGAGUGCUGUUCCAAUGGAGUGCUGUUCCAAUGGAGUGCUGUUCCAAUGGAGUGCUGUUCCAAUGGAGUGCUGUUCCAAUGGAGGGAUGUUCCAAUGGAGUGCUGUUCCAAUGGAGGGAUGUUCCAAUGGAGUGCUGUUCCAAUGGAGGGAUGUUCCAAUGGAGUGCUGUUCCAAUGGAGUGCUGUUCCAAUGAAGGGAUGUUUUUUUCUUUUGAUUAUAUCUAUUUUUUCCACGGUUACUCAGGAUUCUCGUGAAGUUGAAUAAUUAUUUUGCAAGAAUUUAAGUAAUUGACUUUAAAACAAAGAUAAUUAAAUCUCGGUGAUUGAAAUAGUUUUUAAGCUUUGUAAGAACAACUAGAAAAACAAACACAUUCAAGCAAUUGAACUGCUCCUCUGUGAUAGAGCAAAGUAUGUCCUGUGUUUCUGUCAAACUCCGCUGCCCCGCAGGCAGCGCCGUUGGCUUGAUCUUCUAAAGACCUCACUGUAGAAUUGGGAUCCUUGAUUGUCAGUUGACUGUAAAAGACCUGUUUGCAGCAAGGCAACAUUUUGUACAGUAAAAUCCCAUGAUUAUUCAUGUACCAGUAUAGGUAAAGGUGUUUUUGAGUGCAUUGCUGUUGGCAUUGUUUUUACACAUACUCUGUCUAGCUAACCUCUUCAUUUCAUUUGUCAUUCUACAGACACUGAUGUUUUGACAAAAACUAUAGAUCUUUGCCAAACCCACAACCAGGCCAGGACUUAAGUAAUCCAGGUUUUCACCUUUGUUUUGGUUUUAUAGUGUCCUAUUCUCUGUACCAUAAGACGGUGUAAUACUAAUGGUUCUAUAUUUCUCUCUGUAAAAACUCUAGGCAUUCCACUAGAAAAAGAGUUUAAUGAAAGAGAUGGCAGACCUGCAAGCCGAACUCACUUAUCACCCUAUUAAGUCAUUUUCUCUGGAGAAGGAAGUUCUCAAAUAGGCAGUGUAAUUCAAGCUAGUAUAUUUAAAGACAAAAAAUAUAUAUAUAAAUGUCCACAUUUUACUACCAAACAAGUGUUUAGCUCUGCACAAAAAAAUAUCUGCAUAUAAAUAUAGUGUAUAAAUAUAUUAUAUUUUUUAAUUAAUCAACAGAAUGCAUCUGUUUUCUACACACAGCUGACAUAUUGUACAGUGAGACCCUGUAAUUCUCAUCCUGUUUCCAGAGUUUUUAUCUGAUACUACAGAUGUUGAACUGUGGGGUUUGGUGUUUUUCUUUUGGGUUCAGCAUCUCCCUGCUCCUUAUCAUAACCACUUUCUCAACUCUUGUGUCUUGUGUUGUCUACUCAGUCCACCCAACCAGUGCCAAACUGUCCCUGCUCACUGCCCAACCUCUGGGCCCUCAUACACUGGGCAUGCUAUGGUUGGACCCAGAGGUCUCUCUGAGCUCCAUGUCCCACAGCAGGCUCAAAGUGAUGCUGGUGAACCCAGCCCAGGUGUUGUAUGAGAGCUCACGACUCCUAACCGUGGCCCUUCAGUCCGUUCGGGUUGAGCGACACUGCAUCUCUUAAGUUCUGAUGGUGAAUUGUGAUGCCUCUGCCACCUCCCCCCACAUUGUAUGGCUCAUUAUGUUGUAAAGGUUUGUUUGUUGGCUUGUCACUGUGCAGUCUCACGAACCACAGUGUCCUCUAAUGUUCUUGUCAUAAAAGUCUCUAUGAAUGGCUGUUACCCUUAUGUAGCAUUGAGAUAUUGUAUGUGUUUUAACUGUUCAACCAUAUCAAAAUUGUGGGGGAAAU